GUUACAAGGAAAAAGGAGUCAUGCCGGAGCACCACGAGGAAGAGAGACAGAAAACUGUUUGUUUACAAACAAUGGAGCCCGAUGUCAUUCCUUUAACUAAAACAAUAGAUGACUGUAAGGUGCCAACUAAUGAGGCAGAAAAUAAGGAUCUCGAUGAAUACAAUUUCGGUCCCAAUUUUAUCAAAUUACGAGCCACAGAAGGAGUGCGGGAGCUGCAAACUGUUAUCCGUGACAAGUAGGGCCUAAGUUAAUGUUUGUUUAAGCUGAAAACGGUAACAAUAAUCAAACACACAUUUUUGCCACUACUAUACAUUAUUUUGUUAAAAACAUUUUUUUAAUAAAUUAUUUGAAUAUGGCUAGGGACCAGGGAAUUCCUGAAAUAUUUAAUUUUAAUAUUUUGUUAUUGUUGGUUGAAAGUAAAUAUAAAAAUGAGUAAAACUAGGUCUAGGUACUUUUGUCGAAAAUUUAAACAUUUUGUAAAAAUAAACCAAUGGCAUAUUUGAAUAGAGCGAAUUUUUAAUGAAUUAUAACUCCAAAAUCAUAUUUUUAGCUGUUGUAGUUUUAAAGUUAUGAAUUUUUAAAGUACGACUUGGUUUGUCCUUUUUUUAACAUGGACUGCAUCUCCACAUUCUGUGACCUCAUUCCGCUGAUCGCGUCAUGCCCAAUGACUAUAUAGUUUAUUUAAGGCAAAACAUCCCCUUAUCACAUAAAUACUGUUUAGGGUCGACUUAAUUUUAAACUUUCAACAUUGGCACAUAAUAAUUAAUUAAAGCUUUCCCUGACCAAUGGUUUAAUUUUAAUAGUUUUUGCACACGGCAAACUCUUAUGAAUGAAACUCUGAGGUAGUAUUGUCAACAUUAUUUUCCAGUUAAUGCAUAAUGGCUGUGUUGCUUAUGGUUGAAAUGGCUAGAAAGACUUUGCCAUUGUAUGCUUGUACUUAGUUUUUGUCGUGUUGCGUUUGUUUUAAAUGUGGUAAACUAUAGAUUUGUUUUUUGUUGACUUUGUACCGCGCUUCGAGCCUUUGGGGAUGAAGCAUGUUUUUGAAAUGAACUUUAUUAUUAUUACUACGAUAUAGCCGUUAUGCAAGUGGCUGUGAAUGGUUGCCAAUGACAACGUGUUGCACACGGAAAAUUCUGAUCAUUUAUAGUAUGGACUCUACAGGGUUUUUAAAGCUCAAAUUAAAACAUUCUAGUUUAAAUGUCUUCAAAAUGUCUAAAACACAACUUAUCAAAUAUUUUGAUGUAAAUAGUGGUAAAUUUUAAAUAUUUCCUAAGUAUCGGCAACUACCGCCAUUGAAAAGGGGGCGUGGCCCAUGCCAUGUUGAAAUUAGGCUGAGCGACCUUAUGGUGAUGUGGGUCUCGGGGAUAAGCCUAGAGAACGUCUAACACGACCUACAUCAAUGAGAAUUGGCACACGUAUACUUCAAUAACUAAUGCUUUUCACGAUUUAAUAUGAAAGACCUUUUCUUUUUAUUUCACAAAAAAUUUUGUAUGCGAAGAUGCCUUAUAUAUACCAAAGAUUUUCAAAAUAAAGGUAGAUUGAAAAAGCAAAAUAGCUGGAUGGAAAUGUAGGCCAAGAUGUCUGCCAUAAUAUAAGGCCAGAAACGGAACUCAAAUCUAUGUCGAAAGCACUCUCUAAUUUUCCGAUGUGUGUCUAUUUAUUAGUAAAUAACUCUGAUUUUUCUGCGCCGGCGCCCAUUUCCGAUACAAAAAAGUAGUAGUCUCCCUUGUUUCAUCGAAGUAUCUAGUAAAACAAAGUAGAGUUAAACCUGAAAAAAGAAAUGCAACAAAACAACGAACGUGUCGGCAGAAAGCCUUCGUCAACGAAGAAAACAACAGAAAAAAUGGUAUAAAAAAUAUUUUAAAAAUAGCACUUAGCUUAGAAGUAGUAUCCCUGGGCAGCAAAAGAAAUGUGACAGAAAGUGAGUGAAAGAUUAUUGGUGAAGAAUGAAAGAAAAGAGGAGAAGUAAGUCCAUUGCGAUAGGUUGGGACGUGGAGGGGUGGAGCUAGGUUCAAGCUGUGAAAAGAGACAUGUCUCUUCCCUAUUUAAUCUCUCUCUCACUCAUUUACUUUCUUUCACAUUUCUUUUGCUGCCCAUGGAUACUAUUCUUGGACUUUGGAAUAAUUUUUAUUUGUUUUUUCCUCAAUUUCUUAGGAACACACCAAGGACAGAUUUUAUUUUCUAUGCUGAUCGAUUAGUGAGUAUAUUUGUAUUGCAUUAUGCAUUGUUAUAAUUUUUUUCUUAGACCUAUUUUCUUUAUUUAAUAUAUAUAUAUAUAUAUAUAAGCCAAGGCAAAGCCCAUAUUUUCAGUCAAAGGAAGGAUAAGUGACCUUAAUUUCCUGAAGCUACUAAAAAUUAGGUCUAUUGAAAAUGAAUCAAAUAAUUUUAUUAUUUUGAAAUCUUUAGCUUGUAGUUUAUACAAGUAUUUCUAAGAGCUUUAAUUUUUGGGUUUUAUUAUUAGGUUUUAUGUAUAAGGAAGUUUAAUUUCGAGUGAAUGAUAUGGAUUUGCUAAACUACAUGAAUGUUCUACUUUGUAAUUAUAGAUUCGAUUGAUUGUGGAGGAAGGUCUUAACAAACUUCCUUACAGAAAAUGUUCAGUCACUACACCCACAGGUGAGUUAUAUUUAUUAUUUAAUUUUUUUUUAUUUUAUUUGAAAUAAUUAAAAUACUGGCUGCUUAAAACAGGUUUGAUCGAGAUAAACCAUUUUUUUUUUAAAUUAAAUUUUAAUAUUUGUAUGUUUACUUGUAUUACAGGUCAGAUUUAUGAUGGACUGAGGUAUGAAAAGGGGAACUGUGGUGUCAGUAUUGUGAGAAGUGGUAUGCUUAUUUUUUUAUACAACAUAUCUGGAUAUUAAAUAUUAAUAAGAAUUUCUUUUAAAUCUUUUUUUUUCUUUACUUAUUUAUGUAAUAGAAUAUUCCAUGAACAUUAAGUUCAUUUUAUAUUAUUUAUUUAGCAACAAUAAGGAGUUGACAAUGCACAAUAUUUUGUGAAAGUUAAUGUGGAUGGACUUGGUUAUAACUCACAAAAAGUGCUAUUUACAAUUAUUUGAUUAUAAUGUAACAUUUUUUUGAUUUUAGGGGAAGCCAUGGAGCAAGGUUUAAGAGACUGCUGUCGGUCCCUCAGGAUAGGGAAAAUUUUAAUACAAAGCAAUGAAGAUACACACAUUGCCAAAGUUGUCUAUGCUAAUCUGCCCAAGGACAUUAACCAGCGAAAAGUGCUACUUAUGUACCCAAUAAUGUGUAAGUGUAAACUUAUCUAGUAUUUUAACAGAUGAGCACCAUUUUAUUUUUAUUUUUAAAAAAGCAAUUACGGAUGUUAUUUCCUACAAAUAACAAUAAUUUAUAUUGCUAUAUCCAUUAUCAGGGGGAAGUAAGUUUUAAUUUCAUGGUUAAUAUUUCAGGCACAGGCAACACUGUCAUAACAGCUGUGAAAAUAUUACAAGAAAAUAAUGUGAAUGAAUCAAACAUAAUUUUGUUAAAUUUGUUCUGCACACCCACUGGUGAGUACCUUCAGUUAAUUUUAUCUAUAACCUUAAUAAAUUUAUCUAUGUUGUCCUCUGAUCACUGAAGGCAGUUUAAAAGUAACCAGCUUUUAUAUUUAGUAGUGAUGACUUAAUAAUUUUAAACUGUCUUUUUAAGGCAGCAAUAGAAACUUUUGUUAAAAAGCAUCACCAAAUUUUUUUUUUUUUUUAAUGUAUGAAUUUAAAUAAGAGUAAAUCAAAACUAUUUGAUGUUUACUUGUCCUAGCUGCACACCAGCUGGUUUCAGAGUUCCCAGGGAUGACAAUCCUUACAUCAGAGGUUCACCCGGUUGCUCCAACUCACUUUGGACAAAAAUAUUUUGGCACCGAAUGAAUAAUAAAGCAUGUACAGAAAAUAUUGGCACUGUAAUUACACAGAUUAAUUUAGCAUGAAUGUAAAUUGGAAAGUUAAACUAUAUAUCUGCUGAUUUUAGCACCAUAAGAUGUUGUUAAAUUGCCAUAAAAAAAUUUCUAAGUAAGCUGAAAUGGUGUACAUAUUUUCAAAGAUUGAAAAUAAUGCUCAAACCCUCC